AUGAAGGCUGAAAUGGAUCAGGGCAUCUCUGCGGCAACCAAGGACCUGGAAAACUCGGCCAUGAAGCUUCGAAAGAGGGCGAAGUUGGACAAAGCCACAAUGCAGGCAGCAGCUAAGCAGAUAGAGGACCACUUCCGACAAUACGCAAACGACAGUGCAGAAGACAUUCAGGAAGUCAAGACAGCCUCAGAAACGCUACAGCUCAAGUGCCGCCCUGGAGUUACGUGUAAGUCCUCUACUCUCGACAUCAUCUAG